UUAGUGGACACGUUUGCCACUGAGGGUUAUCGUCGCGAUUUCAGCCGCGAAUUUCAGUCACUUGAUAGUUGUAAGAUCAGCUGGGAGGAUCAACGAUCUUCAUAUUCAAUUGUACGAGCUACUCUCCCGACAGACGAGUCUAGUCGAUUCGUGAGUGAUCGUCGCACACGGGGUAUCAUCGAAUAAGAAUAAAAAGACAACAUGUCUCAGUUCAUCUGUGUCGAAGACUUUGAGAAGCAUGCUCAAUCAAACCUAACACCAUCUAUCAGGGAUUACUAUAAUUCCGGAGCAGGAGAUCAGUAUACCUUGAGGCUGAACACAGAAGCUUUCAGGAAGUACAGAAUCAAACCCCGAUUUUUAAGGGAUGUCUCGAAGAGGGAUAUCAGCACCACAAUUUUGGGUGAAAAGAUUUCGAUGCCUUUAGGUAUCGCCCCUGCUGCUAUGCAACGUAUGGCACAUCCCGAGGGAGAAUGUGCGAACGCCAGAGCCGCCCAAGCGUAUGGUACCAUUUAUAUCCUGUCUACUAUAUCAACAAGUAGUAUCGAAGAAGUGGCGGAAGCCGCGCCAAAUGCAAUAAAAUGGUUCCAAUUGUACAUAUACAUCGAUCGUAAUGUUACCUUAAAUUUAGUCAGACGUGCAGAACGUGCCGGUUUCAAAGCUCUCGUUCUGACUGUCGAUGCACCACUGUUUGGUGACAGACGAGCUGACAUUAGGAAUAAAUUCUCGCUUCCAUCUCAUUUGAAAUUAGGAAAUUUCCAAGGUGAAAUGUCAACCAAAAUAAAGUCUGCGAAGGAUGGAUCUGGUUUGAGCGAAUAUGUCAUGAACCUGUUUGACGCUUCUUUGAAAUGGGAAGACAUCGCGUGGCUCAAAAGUAUUACCAAGUUGCCACUCGUCCUGAAGGGAGUCCUCUCUGCUGAGGAUGCUGAAUUGGCAGUCCACCAUGGAGCAGCAGCAAUUAUCGUUUCAAAUCACGGUGCACGUCAAGUUGACACACUUCCAGCUUCGAUUGAAGUUUUACCGGAAAUAAUAGACGCCGUAAGGGGCAGAAUAGAAGUAUACAUGGACGGAGGUGUGAGACAAGGAAUCGACGUUUUCAAGGCGCUCGCUAUGGGCGCGAAAAUGGCAUUUGCCGCCAGACCUUUGUUGUGGGGCCUGACUCAGGGUGGUGAGGAAGGUGCCAAACACGUGCUUGAGAUCUUCAGGAAGGAAAUUGAUCUAGCAUUUGCGCUAACAGGCUGCAGAUCGGUCGAUGAGAUCACGAGGGAUAUGGUGAAGCACGAAUCUUAUUACAGCCACUUGUAAUUAGAGGAUCCACUAAGUGUUAAAUAUAAUUAUAACAAGUUCGAGUUGAAGCAACCGAUCAGUUCAGAAUCACAAAAUUUUCAAGCACGUUCUAUAUGUGAACUUUAUGCUUCUACGAUGAAUGCAACAAUACCAUUUAAUGAUAUUUCAAGGACGCUCCAAGAUGACCCACGCUGUUUCGGUCACAUUCUGUUUCAUAAUUUGAUAGUUAAAUAACCUUACGACAGAUUAGUUUUAAGUUAAAUUAAAUGUAAAAAUAUAUCGAUGAAAAGGAUAUCAUUAUUCUUUCUUUUUUUUCACAA